UAAUAUGUCGUUGUAGUAUUGUAUUGAAAUGACUGUAAUUUACAUUGAGCAAUGGAAAAGUUGCUAGUAUUGCAUGAAAAUAAAGAGUAUUUUAAUGAAUGCGCUAAUAUUCUAAACGAAGAAUGGAAAAGAAGUACAAACGCAAGGUUACACUCCCUACAGAAAUCCUGUGAUAGUUUUCCCACCUGUUUAAUUAUUGUAGGAGACUUUGAUGGAGUGAAAAAUGUUGUAGCUCACAGCAGAUUAUCAAAAGUCCAAGGAAAACCCAACUCGUGCUUAGUAGAAUCAGUUGUUGUCAGGAAAAGCCUACGUGGAAAGGGAUAUGGAAGGAAAAUUAUGCUUGAAACAGAGCAAUUUGCAAAGAGCAAAGGGUUGGCAACAAUAUAUCUGAGCACCCAUGACAAGCAGGACUUCUACAAACAUUUAGGCUACACAUUCUGUGAUCCUAUAGUCUGCUUUGGUGUCAACACAGAUAUUUUACCAGAAGGUUUUUUGCAAAAGUUUUUACCAGACAUCACAGCUGAGAGAGAUAGUAGCAGCGGUUCUGUAAAUACCUCCAUACCUCCCUCAGGGUCACCUGUAGUCCCUCCUUCUGCAGCCCCUCCCCCUCCACCCCCUCCUCCCCCACCCACAGGGACCACUCAGAAGGACAGACCAGAUAUAGUUAGAUGGGAUCCUAGUGCAAUAUCAUGGAUGAAAAAAGAUCUAUAAUGUGAGAGAUACAUAUAGUUUCUGUAUUUUCUAAAUACCGUCUGAUUUAAUAUAGUUUUUUUUUUCAAUUCCUUUGUAUAUCCGUCCUUUAUAUAUAGUGAAUUAUUUGUAAGUUUCUUAUCCUUUGUGCAAUAUAUGAAUUUGUUUCAAUCGUGAAGUCAUGGUUUUAACAUGAUCUUCAUUUUUUUUUUUAACA